UCAGCCACCAAUUUCUUUUCGUUCUUUCAAAGAUUUUGAGAUUUGUUUUUUCUUUUAAUAAGAUUAGACAAUCGCCAUGAGUUUAGAGAGUGAUAUCAAAGGCAAACAAGUCGUUUCUGCUGACGAUUGUGUGGUUUGUUUAGAGCCAUUGACUAAUGAUGCUAAUGAACGAACUGUGGUUAACCUUCGAUGUAGCCAUAGGUUUCAUUUGGAUUGUUUGGGUUCACACUUCAAUACAAAGAAGAGGAUGGAAUGUCCAUGUUGUAGACGGAUCGAAAAAGGCCAAUGGUUGUUCACAAAGCCUGUAGAUCGACACCCUCCAUUUCCGAAUAUCGAUAAUACGCGUUUUCAUCUUGACAUAAGAGAUUAUAUGUUUCAAAUGUCAACCAUGGUGGGGAGUGACAGUACUCUGCAGCCUCCUAUUUAUACAUAUGCUCCGAACCAAAUCACUGACAAUCGCAGCGUGAGGAUUCACCACUGGGGUGACACUUCGUUGGACAGAAGGAUGCAGCGUCAUGAGAGAUACGAACGUACUGUUGAUAGAGAACGUCGUUUCCACAACAUGAUGUAUGAACGUCAUGGCAGGACCGGAGGAAGUGGUUAUGGCGGUGAAAGAAGCGGUGGGGGAGGCGGUGGAAACAGCGGUGGGGAAGCGGUGGCGGAGGAAGUUGAGGCGGGGGAAGCAGCUGAAGGGGCGGAAGUGACGGAAGAGUAGUUGUGGUGGUGACAAAAGAAGAAGUUGUGUCUCAAAAAUAAUAUGGUUUAUGUCAU